UUUGUAUCCAAUCGUGUUGAAAAUUUAAUUAAAGUUUUUAAAGAAAUGUAUCUAUCAUUGGAUUUACAUCUAGCCUAGUUCUCACAAGCCAUCACUUUUGGUUAAGUUACAAGUAGAAAUGGGUAGCUAGAAUACCAGCUUUAUCAGUUUCGCAGAGUUUGGAGCAUAUUUUUGGAGUUUAUUCAUAAAAAUCACCCAAAAAGCAGCCUAAGAGCUAACUCAGUGUUUUCACAAAGCAAAAGCAUUGUUGUUCACUUCCGACAUUUUUUGUUAUGCCUGCAGGAUCGGAUUACUAGAUUUAGAGAAUUUUGAGCAUGAGUAGGCUUUAGGAUUAUGAGAAAUGUUCUUAAUCUGGAAAAGUGGUAGCAUUAAUUCACUGAAAAAGUGAUAAUUUUUGGGAGGAAUUAUUCAAAUAGCUCAAAAUUCUGAUAAAUUUAUCAAAUUUCUGAAAUUUACUCAAUAUCUUGUCAUGAACGAUAAUUUGCCAUGGAGCCAAAUGAACUGGGGCACUUUUAGUUUUAGGUUUAGUCUAUCACAUCGAGCAUAGCUAGAUGAGUAAAUGUUUUAUUCUAGAUAUCUUUUAUAUGAAAGAAAUUUUAGUCUGAGAUUAAACUUAAGAGUAAUUUUUUAAAGCCGUUGCUCCUUUAGCCCAUUUUCUAAGAAGCUUUAGUUCAGCAAAAGCCUGAUGCUAAAAAGUAUGAUAAUUUGGUUACUAUCUUCUACGAUUUUCUACCAACAACAUAGUCUAGCAAAAUGAGGUGACCAAAUCUGAGAGGCUUGCCCUUUAAAUUUAAAGGCUAUUUGAGAGACGUCUUUAUAAGUCAGACAUCAACCCAUUAGUUUAAUUUCAGAUAUAACUGUUAUCUUGCAAUUUAUCGUUAUUUUGGUUAUAAUUUUAGCUUACUUGUUUGAGCCAAAAUUUUAUCAGUUGUAGAUUUAAUAAAAUUUUACCUUGGUUUAAUGAGGAAAUUUUUAGAGCGUAUCUGAAUUUAAUGACCCAGCACAUUAGGUGGGACAAGACCAUGCUCGAAGUUAUCUGAAAUAGGGACUAUGCAACUCUCAUUUUUGUGCAGGUCAUAUUGUUAGGUCCACUUUUUAAUAACAUCUUGUUCUAAGUUUAGCUUUUGAAAUUCUAAAGGCCAUGAGAAAGUAAAAAUUUUGGUGGCUGAAAUACCAUCUAGAUCAGAAAUUAUGAAUUUAGCAUCACGAUUUUAAGGGUUUCUAAUGAGGUUAUAAAUUUUCCGAAGUUAACAAUUAAUAAUAAUUUUACAUGGAGAUGCAAAUGAGCUGCUUUCAUCCGAACCUGAUUUUACUCCCAGCCUGGGACUACCUACAGAUGCUUAAAUGCUUGGAUGCAAUUUAUUGCUCCUGUCCAUCUACUCAAGACAGUCUAAAGAAUGAGAAUCAUUAUGGGAGAAUUGGAAACAAGGGUGCCCAGCAACUUGAAACUACAGGAUCAUCAAAUGGUAUAAAAGCUUAUGAAAGAGAAAAAAACUCUGAAUGAGAUAUAAAGAAAGAAACUGUCGGAAUUCUUAAUGCUUUGGUAGAUGAUCAUGCAUCAAACAUUCAAAAAGAUAUUCCUGAGCAGCAAGAAGAAGCUAAGAAUUCCAAAAUCCUUCAAAAAAGAAGAAGCCGUUCAACAAAGCUUGACAUUAGAAAGAGGCUCAUUAGAUUAAGAAAGCGUAUUUUGGCUAAGAAAAUCUCUGAAUUCUCCCAAAGUAUUAAAAAGACGAGAGGAACUUCAGAUCAGUACCUUGGAAGAAGAUCUAAAUACAUUGGAGUAACCAAGAACAACACAAACUGGCAAGCCCUCAUCAAUGUCAAGGGUGCUAAGAAGUACAUCGGUACUUUCGUGCACGAAGUCGAAGCAGCAAAGGCUUACGAUCUAUACUCAGUGGCGAUGCAGGGCAAGAAGGGAUCAAGAAACUUCACCUACACAGGAAAAGAAAUGGUGAAGAUGAUAUCCUAUUUCCUUACUCAUGGCUCCAUAAAGCCUUUAGAGUAA